GAGAGGGGACCAUGCCGUGCCGGGGAGGCACAGUGGCAUGCCUCGCAGGACAGCGUGAGCUUCAUUCCAGGAGGGGGAUGUCCAGGGCGCCCGCCGCCACUCCGUGCCAUGACUGGGACUAAGAACCGGCAGGAGCCUUGCUGAAGACAUGGCCCAGGCGAAAGGGCGGAGAGAUGGGAUUUCGUCAUCCAAUGAGAACGUGCGGCCAGCGUCGGGGGAGGGUCUGGCCUGGCAGGGCCCGCGCACUGUGGUCCUCCACAAGAACUCCCAGGGCUUUGGAUUCACGCUGCGCCACUUCAUCGUGUACCCGCCGGAGUCCGCCCUGCACACCAGCCUCAAGGAUGAGGAGAACGGGAACGGGAAGGGCUACCAGCGAGGUCGGCUGGAGCCUAUGGAUACUAUCUUUGUAAAGAACGUACGAGAACGGGGCCCCGCUCACCAAGCCGGCUUGUGCACAGGGGACCGACUGGUGAAGGUAAAUGGGGAAAGUGUUUUGGGAAAGACCUACUCCCAGGUGAUUGCCCUGAUCCAGAACAGUGAGAGCGUCCUGGAGCUCUCCAUUAUGCCAAAAGAUGAAGACGUGCUGCAGCUGGUAAGUGCGUACUCUCAGGAUGCCUACCUGAAGGGCAAUGAGCCAUACACGGGGGGAGCCCAGAACCUUCCCGAGCCGCCGGCUGUCUCCUACCCCCGAGGCAAGACCCAGCAACCCCCCACCGGGUCGCCUCCCAUGGGCCAGAACCAGCUGGACAACUGGACCAGCGGCCCGUCCCCUCCGCUGGACAACCGCGUGGGCACCGCGGCAGGCUGGCAGGAGGGGCGCGGGCCGGAGCAGCCGGGGGCGGGCGCGAGCGGGGGGCCGCCGUUACGAGGCCGAUCGUCCUCCUCAUCUGGGUCGGCCCUGGCGAGCCCGCUGUACUUCCACUUCGCCAACCACAACGCCGCCAUCGUCUCGGCCUCCCAGCCCCCGGCCCGCCCCGGCGGCCCCAGCAACAGCGAGCGCUGCCAGCAGGCCCUGACGGACUGGUACUACAGCCAGGUGCCCGAGCGCGCCAUGCCCCCGCGACACCGCAGCUACUCGCAAGACCGGCUGGCCGACAUGGGCGCGGCCCUGGGGCACCACCGAGCCGGCUGGCCCCACAGCGCCUCCCAGGACACCCUGCUGCUGCAGCCCGGCUCGGCCCCCCACGGUGACCCCUACUGGGCGCCCUACGGCCAGCCCUCCUCCUGCCGAGCCCGCUCUGAGAGCCUGCUGGCGACCGCCUUCGACGGCUACGGCCAUUCGGCGGAGGCUCUGGUCUCCCCCCGGUUCGAGAGGCCGGCGUGGCUGCAGCAGGCUCCGCCUGGGAAUGAGGGCCAGCAGAAGCCGGGGGGCCACCGCGACCCCGCCGCGCUGCCCCCUGCCGGUCGGCAGACGCAGCAGCAGCAGCUGCAGCAGGUCACGCACUCCCAGCCCGGCGGCCAGUCCCGGAGGCUCCCGCCGCAGACGGUGGACGACCAGCCGGUGGGCUACCGCAGCUACAGCCCGUCCUUCUACCGAAAGGCGGGCCGGCUCAUGCAGGCGCACUCCUUCAGGGACCCGACGUAUGCGGGACCCCAUUUCUCCUGGACGCCCACCCCCAAAACCAGCCCCCCAGAGGGCGUCUCCGCCGCCGCGCCCCUGCCCAGCUCCUCGUCCUCCUCCUCGCCGCCCCCGGCCACGCCCGACCCCCAGGACGCGACCUGCCGGCAGACCAACCACGAGAGGGUGGGAGAGGAGAGGGAGACAGUCGGCCAGACUCAGGAGGUGGUGCUCCGGCAGAAACCGCCCACGGGCCGGCGCACGUCUCACGCCCUGCGGCACCCUCACUACGCCCUGCCCGUCGACGCCACCGAGCCGCCCGGGUUCCCCGCCGAACCCCGGGACGCCGCACCCGCCGCCCCGGCCCCUGGAGACGCCGCCCGUCGGGCCAAUGGCAGCUUGCCUCCUCUCCCUGUGGAGGACGACUCCCUGGCCUCUAUCCCAUUCAUAGAUGAGCCGACGAGCCCCAGCGCUGACCUGCGUGCCCGCCACGUGCCCGCCUCCUCGGUGGUAUCCAGCGCCAUGAGUUCCGCGCCCGCCGUCACCACCAGCCCUGUCUCCCCCACCUUCACUUUCCCCCUCACAAGGCUCUUCUCCCACGACUGCAGCAGUAUCAAGGCCAGCCGUCGCUCGUCUUACCUGCUGGCCAUCACCACAGAGCGCUCCAAGUCAUGUGACGAGGGCCUCAACACUUUCCGGGAAGAGGGCCGUGUCUUCUCGAGACUGCCAAAAAGAGUUAAAAGCUUUUUCACCGAUGGGUCUCUGGAUAGCCUGGGAUCAGCUGAGGAAGCCCGCUCUAAGCGCCACUCCACCUCUGAGCUGGGAAACCUGUCCUUCAGUGACGUGCGCAAGGAGGGCUGGCUGCACUACAAACAGAUCCUCACUGAGAAGGGCAAGAAGGUGGGCGGCGGCAUCCGGCCGUGGAAGCACGUGUACUCGGUCCUGCGGUCGCACUCGCUCUUCCUCUACAAGGACAAGCGCGAGGCGGUCAUGCACAGCGCGGCGGUGGGCAGCGGGGCUGGGGCGGGGCACGGUGAGGACGAGCAGCCAAUCAGCAUCCGCGGCUGCCUGGUGGACAUCGCCUACAGCGAGACCAAGCGCAAGCACGCCCUGCGCCUCACCACGCAGGACUUCUGUGAGUACCUGCUGCAGGCGGAGGACCGCGAGGACAUGCUCAGCUGGAUCAAGGUCAUCCGGGAGAACAGCAAGACCGACAGCGAGGACCUGGGCUUCUCUCGACAGGCACUUAUCAAUAAGAAGCUUAAUGACUACAGGAAGCACAGUCCAACGGGCAGCAAGCCAGACGCCUCCCCCAGGGUGCCCCGCAUGAAGCCGCCCUUCCUCCUGGCCAAGAUGGACAAUGCCAUGGGGGCUCCCCGCUCACCCAAACCUGACGGCAAGGACGAGAGUAGCCCCCCAAAGUCGCCGUGGGGGAUCAACAUCAUGAAGAAGGCCAAAAAGUCUGGGCCCAAGGCCUUCGGGGUGCGACUGGAAGACUGCCAGCCUGCCAUCAACAACAAGUUCAUCCCCCUGAUAGUGGAGAUCUGCUGCGGCCUGGUAGAGGAGAUGGGCCUGGAAUACAUGGGAAUCUACAGAGUCCCAGGGAACAACGCUGUGGUGUCCAGUCUGCAGGAGCAACUCAACAAGGGCGGCGAUAUCAACCCCACGGAAGAGAAAUGGCAAGAUCUGAACGUCAUCAGUAGUUUGCUGAAGUCCUUCUUCAGGAAGCUUCCGGAACCCCUCUUCACUGAUGACAAAUAUAACGACUUCAUUGAUGCCAACCGCAUGGAGGACACAAGGGACAGGCUGAAGACCAUGAAGAAACUGAUCCAUGACUUGCCGGAUCAUUAUUACCAUACCCUGAAGUUCUUGGUGGGCCACUUGAAGACCAUAGCAGAUCAUGCAGAGAAGAAUAAGAUGGAGCCGCGUAACUUGGCCCUAGUUUUUGGCCCCACGUUGGUACGCACCUCAGAGGACAACAUGACCGACAUGGUGACCCACAUGCCGGACCGCUACAAAAUCGUGGAGACGCUCAUCCAGCACCACGCCUGGUUCUUCAACGAGGGGUCGGACAAGGAUGAAAAGACGCCGGUGGACACAGGGGACCUUCAGCCCGUCCCGAACAUUGACCACCUGCUCUCCAACAUCGGGAGGACAGGCCUGAUGGGGGAGGCCUCAGACUCAACCAACAGCGACUCAGCUAAAUCCAAGGGCUCAUGGGGGUCGAAGCGGGAUCUGAACGCCAAGGACUUCCUCUCACUGUCCAUCAUAUCUGCCGUCACCCGCAAGCGCAAGAAGCGCCCCAACGCCCGCCUCCUGGGCAGCAGCACGGACGAGGACUCGGAGCACGAGCCGGUGAAGGCCAGCAACCGCGGCGGGCGGGUCCCCGAAACAGCCGAGCCGCAGGGAGCGGAAGGGGCGGGGGGAGGCGACACGGCACCCAGAGCGGAGGGCGAGGAGGACGACGAAGAAGAGGAGGAGGAAGAGGAGGAAGACGGGAAGGCGAGAGCAGAGGGGGCGGAGGAGCCUCCGGGGAGACUGUGCGAGGUCCAGGAGGAGGUGGUGGCGGAGGAGAGCGGCGGGGUGGGCGUGAAGGCGCAGCCCUGGGGCCCGGAGGACGCGCGCUCCAUCGUGUCGGGCUACUCCACGCUCUCCACGCUGGGCCGCAGCCUGGCCUCUGAGGGCCGCGCCGACGAGGCGGACGACGAGCGCAGCGAGCUGGUGAGCGAGACGGACAACGAGAGCGGCUUCGCCUCGCGCUCCCUCACCCAGGAGCGCCCCGAGAAGCCGGCCGGGCCCCCGCGCAGCUUCCUGUACUCCCACUGCGGCAAAGCGCCCGCCACCCCCGCGCCCCACUCGCCGCCCCAGAAGUCCCCGGACCCGGCUGAGAGGAGCGCCGGCAGCAGGACUCCCUCGGCCACCCCUUCGUCCUCCUCCUUCUCCUCCUCCUCCACCGCGCACCGAAUCCACAGCCGGCCCUCCUUCAACUCCCACAAGCUCAUCCAGUGCGACACGCUGGCGCGGAAGAAGCUGAAGGGCGAAAAGGCCAAGGCCCGAUCCCUAGACCUGGAGCUGCUCACGCCGGGGAGGAAAGAGGAAGGCACGGGGCCUCAGGUCUCUCGAGAGCCGGCCGCCCGGGUCAAGUCCUUGUCGUGUAGCAGUCAGGACAGCGUGCCCCCGGCUCUGACCCCGGCCCUCGUCCCUGCCCCCGCGGCCCUCAGGGGCAACGAGGCGGCCUCGUUCUCCCCCGGGCAGGCCUCGCUGGCGGAGCAGGUGCGGGCGCGGCUCCUGGGCUCGGCAGAGGAUGUGCGGGGCGUGGGGCUGCGCAAGCCCGUCUCCCCGGAGACGCGGCGCAAGAAGCGGGCAUGGCGCAGGCACACCGUGGUGGUCGGGUCGGGCGACAUGCCCGCCGGCACCCCCCCGGAAGCCCCGCCCGGCGACGCUCCCCCGUGCGCGGACGCCGUCGCCCCCGGAGGCGAGCGAGACGUCAUCAAACCGAAGGGCCCCCACCGAGGUCGUGAGCAGCACGCCAUAGGACAGGUCGUCCGGCUUGACCCUGAGCCCGCUGCCAUCCCGACGCAGUGCACUCCAGCGUCCAGGUUCCACCAGUACCUGUAG